AUGUCUUCAACGAAACGAGGAUAUUAUUUUUUAAAAUUAAACGGUUCACGUAAUAAAUUACCAUGUUACUAUAAUAGUGCUGGCAAUUUAGAUCGGAAUUUUCCUGUUACAAUGCGCAAAGAACGAAUUAUUCGGUUUAUUCUACUUUUAAUUAGUUUAGCAUUUAUGACUGUUUUCAUGUCUCAUCGAUUAAUACCUAUAGAACCAUCUUCUAAUUCAUAUGAACAAAUACAUAUUUAUCGAAUUAUUGGCAAUGACCUUCCUCCAAGACAUAAAGUUGGCCAAGUGCUUCAAAAUACUAGAUUUAUUUUAGAAAAUGAACCUGAUUUUCCAAAUACAAAAAAAUGGUGGAUAAUUAAUCGUAUUGUUGAUAAUGAAUACGAAAAUGCGAUAAUAGACUUAUUAAAGCAACAUAAAAAAGAUUUUAUUAGAAUACCUUUUGAUGUGGAUGAAUAUCUUAAAGCUGAUUUUCGUUUAGAAGAUUUUCCCGAACCUGAUUUCUUUCAUUCUUAUGAAUUUAUGAACUUUACAAAAGUUGCAAAAAUAAGAACAAUCGAUUAUACUUAUCAUGAUAAGAAUAUUUAUGUUAUGAAUAAUUCUCAACCAAAUGCUCGAUGGAUAUUUCCUUUUGAUGGGAAUUGUUUCUUAACUAAUAGCGCUUUUACCGAGAUUACGUCACAAAUUGAAAAAUGGGGCAAGGAUUAUAAAUAUUUCGUGGUUCCCAUGGCAAGGUUAUUAAAUAAUUCUCAAUUACUGUCUGAUUCGGAUCAAAAACCAGAAACUCCUGAGGAGCCUCAAGUUAUAUUUCGACAUGAUGCUGAAGAAAAAUAUAACGAGAAUAUGCGUUAUGGUAGAAGAUCAAAGCUGGAAAUGUUAUGGCGACUAGGUGUUCCAACUCCAAGUAGAUUCAUUGCCAGGCCAGUUAUUCCAUGGGAAAGUAAUGAAAAUGUUCAUAAUACACCAUCUAAUUACACAUCUAAAAACUUGUAUAUGAAAGUCGGCUGGGUUUUCCGACUAUUCUCCGGACAGGCAUCGCAAGAGUUAAAUCAAAAAGAAUCAGGUGCAUUAAGAGCAUUUAAUCGUUUGUUAGCUAUUCAAGAUUUAAUUGAUGGAAUAGAUGAACGAAUAGCAAGAACCCAUAAAAAUUUUAAUCCAGAUCGAUUAUUUUUAUAUGAUGAAAGCUCAUUAAGUAAUGCAAGAAUAAAAUAUUGGUCUGGUGACGAGAAGAUUACGAGGAUUGUUGAUGUUAUGUUAAAUCGAGCUGACGAGAUAACUUCUGAAGUUUCUGAUUUACAUAAAGUUGAUGACUCUUUAUCUAUCAACACUAAAGAAGAUAAAAUUACUCUCUUAGAAUACAAUGAUACUUGUCUUGAUUGCAAUUUAUUUGAUGAAGGAUAUGGUUUUCCAUAUUUAAAUAAGAUUCCACGUACAAUUCCCAAAAAUUCAGAAUCAUCAUCAGUUUUCUAUAAAAUACCUAAAGACAUAUUUGAAACUGAUCCUUCUCAUUUUCUUGAUUCAUGCAAAUUACUUUAUAGAAUAAAAGCAUUAACACAUAGAGAAUAUACAGAACUUCAAGCGUUAGCAUCAUAUUGGCUUGAAUAUUUAAUAAGUUCACCGGAGGGCACUUCGACAGGACGUAAACCGGACCAUAGAGGAACUCUUUAUGAUCUUCAAAUUCUCUCUCUUUCUGGAUUCAUUGAUGAUAUCAGAUUACAUUCAAGAGUUUCUAAUCGAUUAAGAAUGAGGAUAGGAAAACAAUUUUAUAUAGCUCGGGAUGUAUCUUUAACGAAUGCUGCUAAAAUAAGUCAACCAUAUGAGAUGAUGAUAAUACAAAAUGUUAGAGUGAGUAAUGAUUUAUGGUUAUACAAAUCAAAGGAUGGACAAAAGUUGUCAAAGGCUAUAAUGAGUCAUUUAAAUAAAUAUGAAGGACAAAAAAAACAAGGGUUAUUUUUACUAAAACCUUUAAUGUACAUAGCGCAUACAGCUCAUAAAAUUAGUUCAAAAUUAUCACAAAGGAACAAUGAAAAUGAGUAUUUUCAAAGGAUUUUGAAAAAAUUUAGUGAAAAAUAUUCUUUUGAUUAUAGUGAUGAGCCGGAAGAAAGAGAAAAUAUAGAUAGUUAUGUUGGAUUGGGUAAUAGAAUAAAGAAAAAUGGAAUUCCUCCAUUCUGGAUGUUUGGCAUAGCGUAA